AUUUUCUUACGUAAAGGAACCGAUCAUUCGAUUUUUAUCAACAGUUCUUGAGGGGAUUAGUAUUCAUUUAACAUGUGGUUGAAGAUAUAUAAUCAUGUUGGGGAAGAUAAGUCUUAUAGCUGUUUUGAAAGUGAUAUAACCAGUUAACCUUGGAACUGUUGGUCUUGGUUACAAUGGAAAUAAAAGUGAGCGGGCCGUGGUUAGUUCCAAGGUUGUUGGCGGGGUGAAAAUGCCGAUAAUGGUGCAAACCACAUGUCUUAUCGGCCAGUGUCCACUAAAGCAGGUCCCGAUUGCGCAAAGCUCUAGCCUCAUGUUGAGCCACAAUAGAAAUUUGUGAGCCGCCACAUUAAAGUACCUAGGUAGCACAAGCUUAGCUCGAGUGGAUCCAGCCUUGCAUCGCGUCUCUGUAACUUUUUGUAACUUUUUCAAGCUUAACAUUCACUUCCGUCGCAUCAACUAAUAAAAUCCCAUUGACAUACGACCCGAUUUGUUUGACGCCAUGGAUGACCUCUACGAUGAAUUCGGAAAUUUUAUCGGGGAAGAUGCCGAAGCAUCAGAGGAAGAAUCCCAGCAUGGCGUUGACGCGGGCGCGUAUCUCGAUGAUGAUUACCCCGAGGAGGUACCCGAAGGUACAGGGCAGGAAUUAAUGGAAGUGGACACAGAAGGACCAUCAAACGCAGUGAUAUUACACGAAGAUAAACAAUAUUACCCAACGGCGCAACAAGUUUACGGAGCGGAUGUCGAGACAUUGGUACAAGAGGAAGAUGCACAACCACUCACACAACCCAUCAUCGCUCCCGUCGAUGUACGAAAAUUCUCCAUCGAGGAGGCCGACCUCCCUCCCGUUCACUUCGACCGAAGUUUCAUGACAGAUCUAAUGAACUUUCCCGAUCAAAUAAGGAAUAUAGCAUUAGCUGGUGACCUCCACCAUGGCAAGACCGCAUUUAUGGACAUGUUGGUCCUCGAGACCCAUGAUAUUGCGGAAAGAUUAGAAAAGCGACAAGGGAAGAAGCGGGACGAACAACUGCGAUAUACCGAUACCCAUGUCGUGGAGCGAGAACGAGGCGUGUCGAUCAAAGCAGCGCCGAUGAGCUUGGUACUCCAAAGUACCAAGGGCAAGUCCCAUUUGUUCAAUAUAAUAGAUACCCCGGGACAUGUCAACUUCGUCGAUGAGGUAGCGGCGGCUGUACGGUUAGCGGAUGGUGUUGCGCUGGUUGUGGACGUUGUUGAGGGUGUUCAAGUUAACACGGAGCAAAUCAUUAAGCACGUCGUUCUCGAAGAUAUCCCUAUGACACUCAUAAUUAACAAGGUGGACCGGUUAAUACUGGAGUUACGACUACCGCCGAGCGAUGCCUACUUCAAAUUAAAACACGUUGUCGAGGAAGUGAAUACUAUCAUCGAGAAUACCCGGCCAGGAUCAGGAGAGACGAGACGAUUAAGCCCCGAGAAAGGAAAUGUGUUAUUCGCAUGCAGUGAAAUGGGCUGGUGCUUCACGCUACAGUCAUUCGCCAAAAUGUAUGCAGACAGUUUCCCAGGCGUGAAUACGGAAGAAUUCGCGAAACGACUUUGGGGUGAUAUCUACUACAACCCGAAGAAAAGGACAUUCAGCAGGAAGGCUUUGCCAGGGGAAGAUCGCGCAAGGAGAUCAUUCAUCCACUUCGUACUCGAGCCCAUCUACAAAAUUUUCUCUCACACCAUCAGUCAAAGUCCCGAAGAGCUCAAAAGUGUUCUAGCAACAUUAGGUAUAACCCUCAAACCGUCGCAAUACAAGACGGAUGCGAAGGUUCUUCUUAAGUUGGCCUGCGAGCAGUUCUUUGGCCCCUCGACUGGGUUCGUGGAUAUGAUUGUCAGCCAUGUCCCAUCUCCGUUGGAGGCAGCUGAGCAUAAGUUGGGACAGUACUAUACCGGUCCCUUAGAUACCAAAGUGGCGGAAUCUAUGAAGAAGUGCGAUCAGGAUGGUCCCUUGGUGGUGCACGUCACAAAAUUAUUCAACUCGGCCGAUGCGAAAAGUUUCUAUUCUUUCGGCCGAGUUAUGAGCGGUAUCGCACGGCCUGGGAUGCAAGUUCGUGUUCUUGGAGAGGGUUAUUCUAUCGAUGAUGAAGAAGAUAUGGCCGCAGCGACCAUUUCGAGUGUCUACAUUGCCGAAACACGGUAUAAUGUUGAGACUGACGGAGUCCCUGCUGGGAACUGGGUGCUCCUAAGUGGUGUUGAUAAUUCGAUCGUAAAAUCGGCAACAAUAGUACCACCGAAAUUCGAAGAUGAUGAGGAAGCAUACAUCUUCAGACCAGUCACACAUUUCACCGAGUCAGUCCUCAAGGUUGCUGUCGAACCCAUCAACCCAUCGGAACUACCUAAAAUGCUUGACGGUUUAAGGAAGAUCAACAAAAGUUACCCUCUAAUCACUACGAAAGUAGAAGAGUCAGGUGAACAUAUCGUCCUUGGAACGGGUGAGCUGUACAUGGAUUGCGUUCUCCACGACUUGCGACGACUAUAUGCAGAUAUGGAGAUCAAGGUAUCGGAUCCCGUCACGCGCUUCUGUGAGACAGUAGACGAAAUGUCCGCGACCAAAUGCUACGCAAUAACACCGAACAAAAAGAAUAAGAUUACUAUGGUCGCCGAGCCGCUCGACGACGGAAUCGCGGAGGACAUCGAGAGCGGCCGCGUCAAAAUGCAAGACGGUGCCCGAAAAGUGGGCAAGUUCUUCCAGGACAAGUACGGAUGGGAUCUACUGGCGGCGAGGAGUAUUUGGGCAUUCGGCCCGGAUGAGAAAGGCCCUAACAUCUUGCAGGACGACACACUUGAGGUGGAUAAAUCGCUUCUGAGAAGCGUGCGAGAGACGAUUCGACAAGGGUUUAGUUGGGCAACCCGUGAAGGGCCUCUCUGCGAAGAACCUAUUCGCAACACCAAGUUUCGCAUCAUGGACGUCUCACUAGCACAAGAAGCGAUCUUCAGGGGAGGCGGUCAGAUUAUUCCAACCGCGCGUCGCACAUGUUAUAGUUCGUUCUUGAUGGCGUCGCCGCGACUCAUGGAACCGCUCUACGCGUGUUCUAUGACGGGACCUCAGGACGCUGUGCCGGUAUUAUACAAUGUGCUCGCCCGACGACGCGGACACGUCUUAGCAGACGGUCCUAUCGCCGGGACCCCGUUAUACCGCGUCAAUGGAUUGAUUCCUGUUGUCGACUCGUUCGGGUUCGAAACGGAUGUUAGGAUUCAGACGCAGGGCCAGGCUAUGGUUAGUCUAGUCUUCGAUAAAUGGCAGAAAGUACCCGGUGAUCCGCUGGAUAAGGAGGUUAUCCUGCGCCCGUUGCAGCCGGCGGAUGCGCAGGCUACGGCGAGGGAUUUCGUCCUUAAGACUAGACGGAGGAAGGGCUUGAGUGAGGAUGUUAGUGUGGCUAAGUUUCUCGAGCCAGAGUUUUAUCAGAGUCUUAUGGAGAGUGGGACAUUGGGGAGUCCGUGAGAAAAGGGGAGAUAGACCGUAGAUGGGAAAUGAAAAGGUCGUUAUCCUAAACUAUUUCUUCACAAGGGGGUUUCCAAGGCCCCGAGAAACCAUUAUUUGAGUAUUCCUUCCCUGAGGUAAAGACAAGGUUUUGUACAUUAUUUAGACGUUAAAAGACUUUAGUCUAAAAAUUCAGGAAGAUGAGCUGCCUAUCUGCUAAGUAGGCUACGUAGUAGAGUUCAAUAGACAAAGGAUUUGUCCGUAAUUACCUAAGUACAUAUUAGAACAGGUUAUAUUUACAGUUGGUUGAUUCCUUUCGAAGGUUUGGAAAUCAUGGAAUGAGAGCCUCGCUGCUUUGGUGGUAGUGAUUGGUUAUCCACCACACUUAGUCGGAUGCUUAGGUCCCUUGU